AUGGCUAAGUCAAAGAAUCAUACAAACCAUAAUCAGAAUCAAAAAGCCCAUAAAAAUGGGAUAAAGCGUCCCCAACGCAAGCGUCAUGAAUCUACUGUUGGUAUGGAUGCAAAAUUCCUUAGAAAUCUUCGUUUCUCAAAAAAAAACAACUUAUCUCGUGAAGAUGCAGAAAAACGAGCACUGGAGAAUAAGGACAAGAAACGAGCAUCCAUAAAAUUGUAA